AUGUUAUUAGACGCGAUUGGUCUCCUUAGGGUGUGCCCUGAAAGGCAUUUUGGUGACCAGGCAUUCUUCCUGCUCAUUGCGUCGAUGCUUUCGGUAUUCAGGAUCAGCCCACCGGUGGAUGGACAAGACCACGAAAUCCUUCUGGAGCCCAAGCGCAAGACGGGUCUGAUAGCACAUCCCGAACCAUUCACUUGUGUUAUCGAACCACGCUCCGAGAAGGCUACUGGACGUAUUCGACAAAAACCGAACUAA